GCCCCGCCCACUCAGAUGCUCUCAAGGGAAGCAACGACAUUGACAGCAUUUUUCUUACUCUUGUUUACAUUUCGAGUAAAUUACGACGUUUUAGUUUGAUUCUACUGAUAUUCUCGAGAUGGCGUCCAGCUUCAGAAAACCCAGUGCCACGGCCAACCAGCGUAAAAGAGCGGGUCCCAAACCAGAGUUGACAGAGGAACAGAAACAGGAGAUCAGAGAAGCGUUCGAUCUGUUUGACACAGACGGCACAGGAACUAUAGAUGUGAAGGAACUGAAGGUUGCUAUGCGAGCUUUGGGCUUUGAGCCAAAGAAAGAAGAGAUAAAGAAGAUGAUCACUGAUGUUGAUAAAGAAGGAUCGGGUACAAUCAGCUUCAACGAUUUCCUUUCUAUGAUGACACAGAAAAUGAGUGAGAAAGACUCCAAAGAAGAGAUCCUGAAGGCUUUCAGACUUUUCGAUGACGACUGCACAGGCAAAAUCUCUUUUAAAAACCUUAAGCGAGUGGCCAAAGAGCUUGGGGAAAAUCUCACUGAUGAAGAGUUACAGGAAAUGAUAGACGAGGCCGAUAGAGAUGGUGACGGUGAGAUUAAUGAGCAGGAGUUUUUAAGGAUAAUGAAAAAGACCAGUCUAUACUGAAUCUCUCUCUCUCAACCCCGUUAAUGGUCACUAAAGCUAGUAUACUGUAUCUAUAAUCCUCUUAAAAGGCUGUUUUGUGUUGCUUUCUUUUUUACAUGGUUGUAAAAAUAUUUUAAUCAAUGCAUAUUUUGUACAAUAUUAAAUAAAUGUUUAUUUGCAUCUUUGGGGCAAUAAUAUUUUCAUU